AUCGUACGCGCUUCCACAUUCCAGAAGCAGCCAUGUCAGUUUCAUCUCCCUUCUAGCUCGUACCGUUCAUCCCCAGGCAGGCUGCACUUCAUCUUCUCCCUGAGUGCCACUCGAGACUUCAGCAGUUCUAUUUAUGAGCUGCCAGUAGCAACGCAGCUCUUCAGGCAUCGCACUUUGCACUCGUCUGCGAAUAGAGUCGUAUUGUCUUGUAGGUUGCCGCGCCAUGGCUUCGAUAUCGCCCGUCGUGGCUACUAGCGCGAUCAGAGACAGCGCACUCGCGCCUCGCAGCAAGAGCGAUGCUAGAAGUACCGCUUCUCAGCAACUUGCCACCCGUCGCACGCGAUACGAUGGUCUUCGCAUCCAGGAGUGCUGUCGUCCAGUCAAAGGAAUGGGGUCGCCGUUGUCACGAAGGCUGGUGGAAAGAAGCGCACAGGCCAAGCGACACGUGUCAGUCGCUGCGAGCCUUGAAAUUGACCUCGACAUCGCCCCUCCGCCUAUCGACGGCGAUCUGACGGAGGCGAUGGAGGAGUAUGGAGCGGAGUUUGACGCCGAAGGGGUGCCGCUGACGUUCAACGGCAACGACGACGCUGCUAUUGACGCAGCCCUCAACUCCGUCGCUGUCCUUGACAUGUCUCACUUUGGCAGAAUCAAAGUAUCUGGGGACGAUCGCAUCCGCUUCCUGCACAACCAGACCACAGCUGACUUCAACUCCAUUCCUCCUGGCCAGGGAUGCAUGACCGUGUUUGUCUCACCAACGGCACGAACCAUUGACCUCGCCACUGCAUGGGUCAUGGCCACCUCCGUGAUCCUCACGGUCUCACCCGGCAAAGCACAGCAGCUCGUUACCACCAUGGACAGGUACAUCUUCCCAGCUGACAAGGUAUCCGUGGCCGACAUUUCCGACAAGACCAAGCUGCUCGCCCUCAUCGGGCCCCAGGCACAAGUGGUUGUGGAGAAGCUCGGUCUGAGUCAGCUGCUGGGGCAGCCCGAGGGCACUCACUCACACUUCGCUGUUGAGGGAGCGCCAGCAACAGUGGGCGUGGGCAGUGGCCUGGGCGCCUCUGUGCCCGGGUUCCUGCUCAUGCUGUCCGCUGAUGUCGCGGGCCGCGUGUGGAGCCACCUCACCGACGGCCUUGGGCUCACCCCGAUUGGAGCAGCAGCCUGGGAGAGGCUGCGAGUCCAGCAAGGCCGCCCCAUGCCAGGGGCGGAGCUCACGGAUGAGUUCAACCCUCUGGAGGCCGCUCUCUUCCAAUGCGUCUCCACUACCAAAGGCUGCUAUAUGGGUCAAGAGACCAUUGCGAGACUGAUCACUUAUGACGGGGUGAAGCAACAGCUUUGGGGACUUCGCCUUGCCAACCCCGUUCCUGUUGGUGCAAUCAUCACAAGCAAGGAAGGAGCCAAGAUUGGCAAGGUCACAAGCUGUGUUCAUGGCCCCCAUGUCCAUGAUGGCACAAGUUCCUGCGAGUACCUUGCCCUGGGGUACAUCAAGAAGCAAGAGGGUGGAGAGGGCAUUAUUGUGCUAGUGGAAGGCCAAGAAGCUGCAGUCACAGACCUCCCGUUUGCCCAGAGAAGCCUCGCAUAGCCAUCCCAAAAGGGUUGAAAUGCACUUAGUCCAUGUUUGUAUGCAUAAUUUGCAUUUAGUGUAUUUCCCCAAACUUUAAGGGGCUAGCGUUUAUCUUGUUUGUCUAAAAGUUUCUCAUUGGA